CUAUAAGCCAAAUAAGAUUAGACGUGUGUUACAUCUCUCGACAUUUCGGCAGUUUAAGUUCUUCACAGUUGCCUAUAAGCUGUUUUUCAUAUAAGAUUACAAAAUAUAAAGAACAAUGAACCAGGAGAAAUCUUCGAUUUCUUUCGAAGGCAAACCUAGAAAACAAUCUCACAGUAAGGUAAACCUUGAAGUAGAAAGUGAUAAAACAAAACAGCACAACCACGAUGUGCCGAUACAAGACAAAAAGACAGAACAACAAACAACAAAAAAUAUUCUUGACUUCCCAGAUGAAGUUCUUUUAUGUAUAUUUAAAAAUGUGAAUGACUCAACCGAUUUAAAUAAUCUCAGAUUAUGUUGCACAAGAUUUGCAAGACUAGCGGCAGAUACCUCUGUAUGGAAUUUGGACUAUCGCAAAGAACCUAUUCUUCCGUGUCAAAUGGAACCGUAUGAAACCUUCUUAAAACCAUUAACAUACAGCUUAGCAAUACGUGGAGAUUAUUAUCAAAGCAAAGAUAAUUUUCUUCUACCUUGUUUUUUUCUUAAAUUACGACAAAUAUGCCAGAGACUUCGCACCUUGAUUAUUGAGGAGUAUGUUAUUGUUACAACUGCAGAAAAUAUAAAUAAGUAUUUAUCGGUGACUUUACCAACUCUUGAGAAACUUGAAGUCAAAACUUGUAUAACUAGUACUCUUCUUGAGAAAAACUAUAACUUUCGUAAUUGUUUUUUUACUUGUUUACCCAAUAUAAAAAAACCUGUAAAUCGAUGA